AUGAACAACGCGGUUUUCGGCAAAACAAUGAAGAACGUGCGCAAUUACGUAGCCGUAAGACUCGUGACGCGUUGGGACGGAAAAUAUGGCGCGGAGGCGUUGAUCGCGAAACCGAAUUUUCACAAUAGCGUUUUCGACGAGAAUGUCAUGGCUAUCGAGUUACGCAAACUCGAGGUUCAAUUUAACAAACCAAUCUACGUCAGUAUGUGCAUUCUAGAGAUAUUUAAGAUGCGAUUCGGCCCACGCGUAUUUGCUCAACACGUCGAUGAUCGUCAUCACGUAGUUGUAGCCUUUGUUUCGUCGCGCGUACGGACGCAUCUCGACGACAUCGGCCUGCCACAGGUCGUCGUAACCGCGCACCACGACUCGACGACGCGGAAAGUUUCUUCGCGCAGGCGCGUGAAGCUCCUCGACGAGUCUCCUCUUCUUGACGCUCAUCGCUGA